UUGUUGUAAUUUCAAUUUGGAUCCGAGAACUGAAUACUCUACCCUAUGUCCCACCGUAAGCGUUUCUGCAUACGAGAUGUUCUAGUACCUUCUUCGUUCACCUCUUCUCUUCACCGUCGCAACACAACGCUGAGCUGCAGCAAUUCACCACCGCAGAGUUUUCCAAGUCCAAUCUCACUUCACUUAUCGCCAGGGUUUAAUCUGAAUAUCUUUCGCGUUGCCACUGAGGUUGUUAUCUUUCUUCCAAAAUGGCGACGGUGAUGCAGAAGAUCAAAGAUAUCGAAGAUGAGAUGGCAAAGACCCAAAAAAACAAGGCUACUGCUCAUCAUCUGGGCUUGCUGAAGGCUAAAUUAGCAAAGUUGCGGAGGGAACUCCUUACACCUUCAUCAAAAGGAGCUGGAGGUGCUGGUGAAGGUUUUGAUGUUACUAAAAGUGGGGAUUCAAGAGUUGGUCUUGUGGGCUUCCCUUCAGUUGGCAAAUCUACUCUACUAAAUAAGUUGACCGGGACAUUUUCUGAGGUUGCUUCCUAUGAGUUUACUACCUUAACUUGCAUCCCAGGUGUGAUCACAUAUCGUGGAGCUAAAAUCCAGUUGUUGGAUCUCCCUGGAAUUAUCGAGGGUGCUAAGGAUGGAAAGGGUAGAGGAAGGCAGGUUAUUAGUACUGCAAGAACAUGCAAUUGCAUUUUGAUUGUCCUUGAUGCAAUUAAGCCAAUAACUCAUAAGCGUCUUAUCGAAAAAGAGCUAGAGGGAUUUGGUAUAAGGUUAAACAAAGAGCCACCAAAUCUGACUUUUAGGAAGAAAGACAAAGGUGGACUCAAUCUCACCUCAACUGUCACCACAACACAUCUAGAUCUUGAGACUGUGAAGGCUAUAUGUAGUGAGUACAGAAUUCACAAUGCAGAUAUUACUCUCAGGUAUGAUGCCACUGCUGAUGACCUUAUAGAUGUCAUUGAGGGAAGUAGGGUGUAUAUACCUUGUAUCUAUGUUGUGAACAAGAUUGAUCAGAUCACACUUGAGGAACUGGAGAUCUUGGAUAAGCUACCUCAUUACUGCCCAAUCAGUGCACAUCUGGAGUGGAACCUUGAUGGUCUUCUGGAGAAAAUUUGGGAAUAUCUCAACUUAACUCGUAUUUAUACUAAACCUAAAGGGAUGAAUCCUGAUUAUGAAGACCCUGUAAUAUUAUCCUCUAAGAAGAGGACAGUUGAGGACUUCUGCGAUCGCAUUCACAAGGACAUGCUUAAACAGUUUAAGUAUGCUUUGGUCUGGGGUUCAAGUGCAAAACACAAGCCUCAAAGAGUUGGCAAGGAGCAUGAACUUGAAGAUGAAGACGUUGUUCAGAUUAUCAAGAAAGUAUAAUUUGUUAUAAUCAGAAGAAUCCAAGAUGACGUUUUCUGCAAAUCGAUCAGAAUGCCGGCACUCUCAUUAGAUUAAUAGAGGAUAUUCUGAGCAGAAUCAAAGAUCCCUUCGUGAGACUUUCCCCAGGAUCUUUAGAUUACACUCCAAUUAUUUGUCUUUUUUAAGUUGGGGGUGAGGUAGAGUAUAUUAAAGUUUGAUGCGUUGUUAAACCAUUAGUUAUUUCAGGGGACGCCGUUUGUCGCGGAAGUUUUGAAAAUGAUGUAUCUUGUGGUGGGAUUAUACAAUUAAUGGGUAGAAUAAUUUGGUGUCUACUUAGUAAACAUUGAUAGGCUUUGCUGGAAAGAUAUAUAUUAUUCAGGUGGAUAUGUCAGACUGUCCAUCCUGCUGGACAUUUUUCACAAAACGAUGGCAUGAGCUUGAUACAGCAUUUACAUACUUUGUUUUUAAAAUUUACGUAAAAUUUAUUGACA